AGUACAAGGUGAGGAAGAACCAGAUCACCAUUGUGAUGAACCAGAAUGAACCCCUCAGUUUCUUGCACCGUCACAAUGAGGCUUUUUCCACCGAGCCUCUGAAAAACACUGGCAAAGGAGCUCCUCUGGGCUUUUACCACGUCCAGAAUAUUUCUGUCGAAGUUACAGAGUCUUUUAUUGAGAACAUCAAGAGCAAGCCCGUCGUGUUUGAAGUGUUCAGCCACUACCAGCAGCACCCGCUGCACCUCCAUGGCCAGGACGUGAACAGCAUCCAGGAAAUACUAUCCUAUUCCCAUCCGUUGCUUAGAAACUGUCCUGAGGAGACAGCUUCAGGAUCAAUGACGUGUCAUUCACACCAAUGAAGACUUCCAGCCACCAAGUUGAACACCAUCACCAAAUCCAACCUGGGUCAGUGUGUCAGCAAGUACGACCUGCUGGUCUGGUUUGAGAUCAGCGAGUUGGAGCCCACUGGAGAGUGCAUCCCAGCCAUCGUGGAUCACAGUGGAGGCCUGCCCUGCCAUGGUACCUACCUGCUGCACCAGGUACAGGAUUGGUGCACAUGUUGUUUUCUUAUUAAAAUGGCCUGUAUUUGUAUAGCACUUUACUAGUCCCUAAGGACCCCAAAGCGCUUUACACAUCCAGUUCACAUUCACGCACUGGUGAUGGCAAGCUACAGCCCCCCUGGGGUGCACUGACAGAGGCGAGGCUGCCGGACACUGGCGCCACCGGGCCCUCUGACCACAACCAGUAGUCAGACAAGGGUGAAGUGUCUUGCCCAAGGAUACAACUACCGAGACUGUCCGGGCCGGGGCUCGAACCGGUUUACAAGGCGAACUCCCAACUCUUGAGCCACGAUCGCCCGCUUACUCACACAGUGGUAACUGCUUCCUUUGUACACAGUUUAAUAUCUUCUUUUAAAGCGUAAUGUUGCUCUAGCUGUGCUCACUGUGAUCCUGAGCUCCUGUUAUGUUUGCUGCAGGAUCAAGGGUGACCCUCAUCCACGAGAAGGGCAGCGAGAUAUUUUCAGUCUGGAAAGAUGAAUCUGUCGGGCUUUAGGCUGCUUCUCACUUUAAGCAGUUCAUGCUGUAGCUGUAGC